AUGCAAAGAGAGAUUUCUUGCAUUGUGCAACGAGAUGGGGAGACUUUGUAUGAAUACUGGGAAAGAUUCAAGAAGUUGUUAGAGGCUUGCCCUCACCACCGGAUUGAUGAGUUGGUUUUGAUAAGUUAUUUCUGUCAAGGAAUGCACCACCAAGACAAGCUUCUCCUAGAUGCCGCGAGUGGAGCAUCAUUGACCAAAAACAAGACCGUUGCAGAAGCAUGGGAAGUUAUAUCGGAUCUAAUGGACUCAACUCAACACUCUAGGGCUAGAAGUCCGCAACCAAAAGCCUUUAGUGAGGUUUCUCCCUCCGGAGAUGUAAUUUUGACUAAGACCCUUGGUGAGAUGACAAUUUUGUUGAGGCAAAUCACCCAAGGGCAACAAAUCCGUCAAGUUUUGAUAAAUGCUCCAGCUCAACCUCCACUGAUUGAAGGACCAUCAAGGAUAUGUGGUGUUUGUGCUUGUAAUACUCAUUACACCGAUGAGUGUCCUCAAAUCCAAGAGGACACAACAUUAGUGGUUGCUAAACCUUAUCCACAAAGGCCCAAUUACAACCAAGGAUCCUACCCACAAGGAGGUAAUCAAAGCCAAGGGUGGAGAGAUAACUCAAACCAAAGGUGGAACCAAGCUCCCCAAGCUCAACCCAACCAAAAUGCUCAAGUCUACUACCAUCAACACCCCCAAGGUCAACCACAAUACCAACAACCAUACCAACAACCCCCACACCCUCAGUCUCAAGUGAAGUACCAGCAUUCAAACAGUCGAUCCAAUCCUUCUCUAAUGUACCAAGUCCUUCCCUCCAAUCAAUCCCACAUGAAUGACACAUUUCACACCUUCAUGCAAGAACAAAGAGAUUUCCAUAAGAAACAAGAUGUUUACAUGGCUACAAUAGCCGAAUCCCUUAUCCUUUUAACUCUCCCUCCUGAAACCACACAAAGCACCCAACAAGAUUCAACCUCAAGAAGUUUGCCCUCCCAACCUCAACCCAACCCUAAAGGAAGCAUAAAUGCUAUUACUCUUAGAAGUGGUACGAAGUUGGAUAAGAAUGUGGCUAUACCUUCAAAGUUGAGUAAGGAGACAAACAAUGAGGAGGUAGAAGAUGAAGUGGAGGUGAUGAAGGGUGAAGAUAAAAAUGUUGACACAAGCAAAAAAGAACCACCAAAGGUCAAGGAGCCGAGGAGAAAGACCUUGCUUGAAGAGCCCUUGCCCAUUCCAUUCCAAACUCUAGCCAAGAAAGCAAAAAAGCAAGAAGAUCUUGACCCCACUAUGGUGAAAGUUUUUGAGAAAGUUGAAGUUAUCGUCCCUCUCUUUCAAGUCAUUCAACAAGUGCCGAAAUAUGCCAAGUUUCUCAAGGACGUUUGCACUCACAAAGACAAGGUUGGCAACCUCAACAAAAAGCUGGUAGAUGAUUCUAUCUCUUCUUUACUUCCUGAAAAAUGCGAUGAUCCUGGCCCAAGUUUGGUGACUUGUUUGAUUAGUGGGAUUAAGUUCAUGGACUGUAUGUGUGAUUUGGAGGCGUGUGUAAGCAUCAUGCCACUCCCCAUCUAUGAAAGAUUGAACUUAUCCCCCCUAAAGAGGUCCGGGGCGAGGUUUGUGUUAGCCGACAAGAGUAUUAUGUCAGUUGUGGGGAUUGCAGGGAAUGUCAUAGUGAAUAUUCAAGGAUUGCUCUUUCCAGUUGAUUUUCACAUUUUGGAGACCCCUCCCAUUAACUCAACUAAGCCAUCAGCAAUACUCCUUGGAAGACCAUUCUUGAAAAUAGCCCGUUUCAGGCUAGAUGCACACUCGGGGGUCUAUUCUUUUGAGUCGGAUGACAGGUUAGUCAAGUUCACUUUGGAAGAGUCCAACAAGCCUAUCCUUGAAGCUUACUCUAUUUUUGGGUGCGACAUAGUUUAA